GCAUACAUCAUUGUGUAUAGCGAUAGAGUGGAAAGCAGCGGGGCUCUCUAUCAUAUCCCCGCUGUGUAUAUGUAUAUAUAAGUGCCUACCUGGGGGACAAAAACAUAUAUGUACAUUGUAUACACCGAGUAACGUCUGCUCCGAUCGCGGGCCCUUAACAUGGAAUCGCCGUAACUACACAGGAUGGAAAAGGAUUUAAAACCAGUCCUUUUUUAAAACAAAAAUGGUUCUGUGCAUUUAACCGUAGUCUUUUUUUUUUCAAAGACUUUCAGGAUGGCGUCCGCGGAGACAAGUUUUUGUCACUGGCAUACAAUGUUUUCGCGGGGAGUUUUGGUUGUGAUUUUGUUUAUUUUAUUCCCCAAAACAUCAGGUCAUUUAGACAAAGAUCUGCGAUUGUUGUCGAAAUUUUUACCAGGACUGUACAGCAAUAAACAACAGUAUCUGGAAGAUGUUAAAACAAACCUACCUACAGACCAGAGACAUCUCUCCAUGCAGUUCAUCUUCCGUCCCGUUCAAAUUCAUUUUCUUCCCAAUUCAUUCAAUGUAUAUGUAGAGCAGUAUAUCAACUAUGACAGGGCGCCGUUUAAACAGUGGUUGUAUAGUUUAAAAACAGACUACAAAGGGAUGAUGAUAGAUAUGAAAAUCUACAAUUUUAAUUCCGAGGAGUUGAAAACAAGACUGAAGUCAGAUUUUACCAUCAUCAAGCAAUUGGAUGUGUCGGACUUAAACUCGAGCGCCGAGUGUAACAUGCUUUGGCGCAGACUUGGACCAAAGAAAUUUAUUGGGACUACCAGACGACAAUGCCUAGCAAAUAUAAAUGGCGAACAGGUGCGGAUCGCGAUGUCUGCGACCCUGACGCAAGCCUCGCUUCAAUGGCACGAGGGAUGGUACCGGGUACAGGAUGGGAGCGAGGUUGUCAAGACAGUUAGUCCCUAUGACAUGAUAAAGAUAAAGAAGAUCAAAGGCGAGAGAUAUGUCCCGUCUAGUGAUACAGAAGAUGAAGAGGCAAGGAAGGCCGCGCACACAGGGGUCAAGGCCGGUCAACGGUGGGCCAACAUGACCAGUUCUCUCCCUGUUAUACCUAAAACGAGCCAUAAGGGCCGAAACGUCAUGAAUGACCGCAUAGCCGUCCCCAGAAAACACCGCUCGUGGAAGUUGCACAACUUUGAGGGAGUCAUGUCGGCCUUGAUGGAAGGAAGAAAGGUACAUUAUGCUGCUGAUAUUCGGAAAUGCAGUUUGGUGGGACGGAAUGACUUAGAACGUACGGCAUUUGGAGACUUCAUUAACGUGUUUGAAAUCCAUAGGUCUAACGGCAACAACGGUAAAAACAGUAUUAAGUUCUCCAGCUCACAGAAGGUCAAGCACGGCAAUGACUUUGUGGAGUUACUAAGAGACGUAACACUGUACUCGGACGGGACCACUGUCAUCGACCUUUAUACAGUCGACCCAGAUAAGAACGAGAUUAUCCAGCAAACCAUUGCUGUCUGCUGGCUUUACUCUCCUAAAACUAGGAAAGGUGACGUGAGAUUUACCCUUGACCCAAGACUCAAAGUUCGUGUGGAGACGUCAUUCAAGUCACUCAAAUACUCUCUCCAAAAGGGUCGAAAUAUACGCAUAGUGGCCGAUCUGUCUAACUGUGCCGGCUCGGACGACAGACGGACAAUUAUUGGCGGCGAAGUUAAAGGUUAUGACAUGUUUGGACACCAGACAGAGAUAGGCGUAGCUCUGGAGAGGACCAUUACAGACACUCAGUCGGAGAACGUGAUCUCGUACCGCCAUUUUGACGUGCGAAUCACUCCAAACAGUCGCGCGUCAAUGACCGUCAGUGACCGCGGCAUAACCAAAAAUAUCUUCAACCAAUAUGGCGGCAAAGAAACCACACACAGAUGCACUGUUAGUAGAUCGACUGACAACUUUUCUCUCAUUCUAUUUCGUGCGUAAAUUCACUUUAAUCUCUUUUUGUUUCGCGUGUAAAUUCACUUUUCUCUCAUUUUGUUCCGUGUGUAAAUUCACUUCCGGUCUGAUUUUGAACAAGCAGACCACUCUACGUUUACCAACACUAGGUGUCGCUUUCUUAUGAACACAAUGCCAUCUAGUGGAUAAAUAUUUAUACUGGAACAUACAGGUAUUCAUCAUUAUCGUGUUGUGUUUCAUCUCGUUUGGUGAGAAUCUCACCUGUUUCUAAAUCCGAACGUGUGAGAUUUUGUCUGAACCGGAAAAGGUUGUUGUUAUUUUGUGCUGUUUUUUAACCUUUUAAAAUGAUGUCUCUUUUCAUGAUUUUGGGCUGUAUAUAUUUCAGUGUACAUAUUUAUUUAUUUAAAUCGAUUUAUGCUCUUUUUAUUGUACAUUUUACAAAUAAACAUUUGAAAAAAAUU